GGGAGACGGGGUUAAAUGAAGAAUCGCAGAUAAAUGAUGUUCAUGUACAGGUCCUCUUCAUCUCUCACUGCUGCAACUUUCGACGCAAGAUCUGAAUUUUGUGCAAGUCACAUGACCCUGCUUCCUGUCAUUUCUCACCCUUUUGAAGUGAAUCACAAGCUUUAGUUAGUAAAGGGAUCAUACAUUAUUGUAUUUCUCCAUACGGAACCCAAAAAAUAACACAAAUGUUACGCAGAAAGCCUUCCAAUGCAUCCGACAAGGAGAAGGACCCUAAUCAUAAAAAGAAGUUGUCUCUGCAACGUUCCAGCAGCUUCAAGGAUUUUGGAAAAUCGAAGCCAAGUUCACCUGCUGUGAGUGACAAAGAGUUCAAUUUGGAAUGUGACAUUCCUGAAGAUGAAUCUGGGAUUGGGUCUCAUGGAUCAGAUGAUCAGAAACACAGUGGAGGGAAACUCACCAAGAAAUGGAAGGCUGUGAUUUCCCGCACAAUGAACCGGAAAACAGGAAAACUGAUGAUAAAAGCUUUGGCCAAUGAAUCGGGAGAGCCAGCAGAACAGAGCUCUAUGUCUCCAGUUUCAUUGGAUGAAAUGACAGAUGAAUGCAUACUUAGGAAAAUAGCUGAUGGUGAUGAUACAUUGCAUUCACCUAUCAGUAGACAGACAUCUAGUGGUAGUGAGCUUUGCAGUCCAUCAUAUAUUCUUAACAACAGAGACAGCAUUAAUCUUGAAAACACAACACCUACUUAUACCGGGCCAUUUUGUGGAAAAGCUAAAGUUCACACAGACUUCAUCCCAAGUCCAUAUGAAAGAGAUUCUCUAAAGCUUAAAAAAGGAGACAUUAUUGACAUCAUUGAAAAAACACCAGCUGGCAUCUGGACAGGAAUGUUAAACAACAAAGUUGGAUCUUUCAAGUUCAUCUAUGUUGACAUUUUACCUGAGGAAACGGAGCCUCCCAAAAAGGCCAAGGUUCACGCAAGGAGUAAACGUUUAAAACCCAAGACUUUGCAAGAGCUCCUAGAGCGCAUUAAUUUGCAGGAGCAUAUCCCAACCCUGCUGCUGAAUGGGUACCAGACAAUAGAGGACUUCAAAGAUCUUACUGAAAAUCAUUUGAUAGAGCUGAAUAUAACUGACCCCCAGCACAGGGUCAAGCUGCUGACUGCAGCACAGUUCCUACUGGAUUAUGACACUGGUAGUGAGUCAGAAGAUGUGACAGACACAGGAUCCUUCAACAGUAUUCAUAUUCCUCGGGAUUCUGGCUGCUAUGAAGGCUCAGAGAACCUUGAGAAUAGUCGAGAUGACAUUGAAAUAAGUAGCACAGAUGAACACUUUAAAAUAUUAUCGUUGGAUGAGAAUUGAAAGUCAACAGAACAACCUACAACUGGAGAAAACUUUCUUUGACAGCUGACUCACAACUGCUAUUGAUACACUGGAUUCUUCCCAUUAUAGUUCAAACAGUGGUCACAUCUGAUUUACAGAAUCCAGUAAAACAAACCUAUAUGUGAGGAAGCCACAGCUAGACUUGAGAAAAAUCAUCUUGAUUUCAGUAUUGCCAAAUUUGGCUUUAGCCUUUUUGUAUAUGCUAACUACAGAAGAAAGGGUUUAAUUAUAGAUAAGAAUUGUAUAAUGUAUAUAUAAAAAUAUCAACUUAUAUAGUGGGUACUCAAGAAUAUUUUUUAUUAAUUAAUCAUUUUUAUGAAGAGGUGAAUCUUAAGAAUUUUCUAAAUAGAUCAUGUGAAGGAGUCUUUUAGUGGCAAAACUUUAUGAAUCCGCAAACCAUUAUUGAAUUCUAAGAACCAUUUAACUGACUACCAAGGAAGAUAAUGAAAGGAUGGGUGUUGCGACACUAUAAUGCUACUAUUUAUGCUGUUGCAUUUUAUACCAUCUCAAGACAUUUGUCUAUCUUGAAUUGCAAAAGAUCAUGCACUGAAUUAAUCCAUUUGUGAUACAAGUAUUAUUGUGUGAUAGGUAAUUGAAGGGAUAAUAAAGACCUUGGGUUUUCAAUA